GUCACUUUAGAUUCUACAAGGUAGUAUAAUGAAAACUUAAAAUCUCUUUCAUUCACUCAUUCCCUCCUGGGUUUUAUUUUUCGCGAACAGGGAAGGGAAGCUGCUGCCGCCGCCAUGGUGCUCAACUUCAAUCGCUAGAAGAUGUAUCCUGAUUCAUGGCUGGGGCAUUAGUCUCAAUUGAUCUGAUUCUCAGGUGUAAAGGUAAGAAAAUACUUUACAUGUUCUUAAACCCUAAACCCCUCAAAAUUCAUCUUCAAAAUGCAUAAGAUCUUCCCUCGUUCAAUCCGAGUUCUACAAUCAAUCUCGAUAUCUCAAAACCCCCAAAAGUUCACUCCUUGCUGUCUUCGCGAUUUUUCACAAUCAACCUCAAUACCCAAAAAGCAACAACGAGUUCGAGACCAUGGAUACGAUAACUACAUGGAAAUCGAGAAAAAAAUACGCAAAGUCCUCAAAGUUCAAGAACUCAUCCUCUCUCAACCCAACUCCAUGGUUUCCUCUGCUCGUCUAGACAACCUCUCGCGCAGACUCGGCUUCAAACAAUUCGAAGCAGGUCGUUUCAUCCUCAAAUUCCCACACAUUUUCGAUGUUUUUGAACACCCAGUUCAAAGAAUCCUUUAUUGCAGACUUACACGAAAAGCCCUAAUCCAAAUCCAACAAGAAAACGAAGCUCUAAUUAACCAAAUCGACCAUGCUGUCACCAGAUUAAGGAAGCUCUUAAUGCUAUCAAACACCGGACAACUAGGGCUUGACCAUGUUCGAAUUGCUAGCAGAGAAUUUGGACUUCCCGACGACUUUGAAUUCUCGAUAAUUCUAAAACACCCACAAUUUUUCCGAUUGUUUGAAGAUAAAGAAAGCAAAACCAAGUACAUCGAGAUAGUAGAAAGAGACCCAGAUUUAGCUGUUUGUGCUAUAGAGAAGAUGAGGGAAAAAGAAUACAGAGAAAAAGGUGGAGAAGCUGAAAACAUUAGAUUCUCAUUUCUUAUAAACUUUCCCCCUGGUUUCAAAACUGGGAAGUAUUACAAGAUAGCUGUUUGGAAAUGGCAAAGGCUUCCUUAUUGGUCGCCAUAUGAAGAUGUAUCUGGUUAUGAUAUGAGAUCACUUGAAGCUGAAAAGAGAAUGGAGAAGAGAGCGAUUGCAAUGAUUCAUGAGAUUUUGUCUUUAACUGUUGAGAAGAAGAUUAGUUUGGAGAGGAUUGCUCAUUUUAGGGUUACAAUGAAUCUGCCUAAAAAGCUUAAAGAUUUUCUUCUUCAACAUCAGGGUGUGUUUUAUAUUUCUACAAGAGGGAAUUAUGGGAAGCUUCAUACGAUUUUUCUUAGGGAGGCGUAUAAUAGAGGGGAGUUGAUUGAACCUAAUGAGUUGUAUUUGGCUAGAAGGAAUUUGGCUAAAUUGAUUACUUUGAGGAGGCCUAAUAUGGAACAUGAGCUUGUUUAUUAUAGAAGGGAAAGGGUGAGUAAUGAUUUGGAUAGAAUUAAUGAAGACAAUGAGGGGAAUGAAGGUACGGAAUCGGAAUUGGAAUCGGAAAUGGAAAGGGAAAGGGGUGGACAUUGCUCAAGAAGCUGUGAAGAAGAGGCGUCGUGCAACCAAGAAGCCAUACUCCAGGGCCAUUGUGGGAGCCACCCUUGAAGUUAUUCAAAAGAAAAGAAGUGAGAAACCAGAAGUUCGUGAUGCAGCUAGAGAAGCAGCUCUUCGUGAAAUUAAGGAGAGGAUUAAGAAAACUAAA